UCUGCUAGCUAACAUGAGUAAUCAAACUACAACUAAAGUUCGGUUUGUUAGAUGUCCCAAAUGCCAAUUGGUUCUUCCCGAGUUAGCAGACAUUCCUGUCUACAAGUGUGGAGGAUGUGGCACAAUUCUCCAAGCUAAGAAUAGGAAAAGAGCUCCUACAAAGAACAACGUACUUGAUCAGAAUGAAAUAAGCAGUGCAAGUGAAGAAGCUUGUCCUCCUUUGAAAGGAGAUUCUUCACGGAACGAAUGGAAGAAGUCAGAUCAAGGGGGCGCUGGAGACUGUAACAAGGAGCUACCUCGACAGUUAAACUCCACCGAUGAGCUUCCAAGCUCUUCUGGGGUUAGCUGCCUUGAGAAAGAAGAUCCUUUAUCCAAAUCUGCAGUACAUAAAGGAGAUGAACACAGUUGUUCUUUGGAUGUAAAGACGGAACAAUAUGAAAAUGGAUCUCGGGAUCACCACCAGUUAGCAGGAGGUGAAGAUUUCUCCAAUACACUUGCUAGCUCAGAUCAACUUGCUUGUCCUGAACUGGGAAGUCCAAUUGUUGAAGCCAAAGAAGAUGCCGAAGGUUCAGCCAUUGAAGAAAGAGAGAAACUGGAGCUGGAUAAAGACACUGGAUGUUCAUUCCAUGAAACUGAACAAGAUAUAGAAGGUUUACCCCUUGAAGCGACAGAGCAACUGGAACUGGAUGAAGACAACUUCCUUGUGGAUGGCUGCACUGUGAAUGAUCAAAAUAGAAGUGGAGUUAAUCAUAAGAGUAACUCCCUUGAUGAGAAUUCUACUUACUCUGGAUGUGUCGUUCACAGAGAUAAAGUGUCUCCUGGAAGUAGGGCACAUGAAGAUGGAAUUGAAAACAAAUCUCUUGUGGAACAAAUCAUUGGAAGGGGCCAAAAUGAUUUCCAAGGUCACAAUGCAGAAUCUUCUGAAAAUGUAAGGUAUGCCAAGGAAACCUCUUUAUCUGCUGAGGUAGCCUGUGACUUUGAGAAGCAGUCAUCUGUAUGCUCUGACACGUUCCAAAGUAUUUUGAAUGAAAGCAUCACAUCAGACACUUUGAUGGCUACUGAUUAUGAGCAAUUUGAGCAAUUUCAUAAAGAGAUUCCCUCAGGUUUUGACCGUAUAAGCUCUAUGGAUACAUUAGAAAAUCAACCGCUAAAUAUUUAUCGAUCUGAGCCUCCUGUCAAUCGCAGAAAUAUGAUCAGUUCUCCUACACACAGAAGUUACUAUGGCUAUGAUGGCAGUGCAUCUUCAUGUGAUGGGGAUGAUCAUAUACCUGAUCAGUACAAUCACCAACCUGUAAGAAAGUUUAAGGAAGCAUACCCUGUCAGCCCUGGUGAGUUUCUUUUGGAUGGUAGAAGCCGAGUAAACCACGCAAUGAGCGGUGAGUCAAAGAUGGUGCAGCGAGCAAUGAACUUUUCCACAGCAUUACCAGGAAGGAGUCAUCAAGCUACAGAAGGCAGCAACUGGAGUCAGAAGCCUCAGCCUAGAAAACGUGGUCAGGCCUCUGGAGGUAGAAUGACAUCGGACAAGGAUGAGCAUGCCACAACAUUUCCGUUUAUUUCAACAGGUUCUCAUGCAGGACAAAAGCAUGGAAACCCUUCAAAUUAUCGGAAGAAUAUGACCCACCAUUCUGGUCUCCUUCCACCCAGAAAGCCCUCAGAUUCAGAACCAGACAAAAUACAAUUGUUGAGAAUGGUGUAUGAACUUGAAGAUCAAUUGCGCCAGACACGUAUUACUACAAGGAUGGCCAAUGGAGCCAAUGGGCGGUUUUCUGCAGAGCCAAUGAGGGAUGAAGAGUAUAACCCCUCAUACUACGAUCAGUUUUUGGAAGAUGGUGAAGUAAGUGGUGAUUUGAACUAUUCUAGAUAUCCUGUAAGAUGCAGUCAUGGAAAAGGCUGGCCGCAACAACGUAAAAGCUCAAGAAUACCUUUUUCUGCAGAGGUUUCACAUUACAGGCACCAAGCUGAUUGCCUGUGUUCACAUUGCUCCCCUAAGGUCCGGCAUUUCUCAGCGCAGCUGCAUCCUUCAGUUUGCUAUAACAAAGGCUGUGGGGUUGGCUAUUCCAGCUGUAACUGUUGCAAUCACCUCCAGUCUGAUUCUUCAAGCCCUCAGCAUUACUCAAGCUCUGAGUAUUCUCGAUGGGACCAUGAUACAAAAUCUGAUGAUAGGAGGCACAAAGAUCAUGAGAUGAAGAAACUGUAUCUACGAGAAAAAUACUCAAAAAUGCGGCAUCUCCGACCAGUAGCUGGUGGAGCCCCAAUAAUUUCUUGUUACUACUGCAACGAACUUCUACAGCUGCCUGCAGACUUUCUUCUUUUCAAAAGGAGAUGCCAUCAGCUUAGAUGCAAUGCUUGUAGAAAGGUGCUGAAGUUUUCUCUCCAAAACCAGAUACAUGUAGUCCCAUUUCAUGCAGAGGCUUUAGCUCCUCCACCAAGUGAGGUUGAUGACAACACUGGUGUCACUGAUCAUCAGAAUCUGGCAUAUGAAUAUCAUCUUAAUUCUUGUCCCCGUACUGAACGAAUAUCGUGUUCUGAUGAUUUGGGACCAUCUUUCUGCAGAAGCAUCUCUACUGAAGGGGAGCCUUCACUACCUCCAAUUCAACCUCGUGGAAGGACCUCUUUCAAUGGAGAGAUAUCCUCUAGUAGUUCUUAUGCUCCCACAAAAGACAGAAAAAUGAAAUCCGUCAUGAGGGAACCUCGUAUGGGGACCUUUGGAUCACCAGAGCCUUCAGCUAAGAUGUCUAAGUGGGGAAAAGUAUCAUCUUCAGAAAUUGAGGAAGUACGACCAAAUGGAGGCUCUCCUCUUCAUCGGCUUAUGGGUUAUGAAUCGCCAAGCGAAGUGAUACAUUGGUGACUGACUCAACUUUCAGGAAAUGAAACAACGAUCAAAAAGAAAGAGGCAAGUCAAUUAGGCAACAAAGAGCAAUAGAUUGGUCAUUUUUGAUAGAUACUUGACAUAAAGGGAUCGAUAUUCUUGGUGUUAAAGAUGUUGAAACACAAACAAUAUUUCGUUCAGGCGCUCAUCCAUUUGUAUAUCCUGAGUAUCAUUUUUUUCUCUAUAGUUCUUCACUUCACACUAUGUACAGGUGAAAUCAAAGUGGCAGCUUGUAGGUUGUAUAGAAAAAUUGAGGUGUUCAUGGUAAAAGUGUCUGGAUUUCUAGUUAUUUGUGUAAUGAUAAUUAUAUGUAUAUUUAGAAUAAAGGACAUAUUCAGUUAUUCUUCUUA